AUGUCCACCGCAAAACAUGCGGUGGUCAGCUGGGUUUUGCUGAGCAUCGUGCUCAUUUGGAUAUUCCCAAUGCAAGUCGCAUUGAAGAUCACUGGGGUCACUAUUUUUUCAUCAAUUAUUGUUCUCGGUGUUUAUAAAAUUUAUCUGCGGCCUUUUUAUUUCAGUCCACUGCGACAUUUACCUGAGCCCAAGGGAGGCACGCUUCUCAAUGGCCAUGCAAAAUUGGUUCCCAAUGAACGAUCGGGCAUGCCUCUCCAGGAAUGGAUCAACGAGGUGCCCAAUGACGGCCUUAUCCGAUAUCGAAUGAUGUUCAACAAAGAGGUUGUGUUUAUAACGAGUCCGAAGGCAUUGUCAGAAGUGCUUGUACAGAAAAAUUACGACUUUUCCAAACCAUACAAAUUGCGACAGGGAUUGGGGAGAAUACUCGGAAUUGGUCUAAUUAUUGCGGAAGGCGAAGAACAUAAAAUAUUGAAGAAACAACGGAAGAAUUUGAUGCCUGCAUUCCUACACAGACACGUCAAGGAUCUUUAUCCGAUUUUCUGGGAGAAAUCUGCAUUAUUAGCGGUCGAGCUCGAGCAGAACAUUAAGCGCACCGGACAAUACAGCCAAGUCUUUGAUGUCGCAGACUGGCUUGCUCGCACGACGCUGGACAUAUUGGGAGCUGCAGGUCUUGGGAGAGAGUUUGACACACUGCACAACCCAGACAAUGAAAUUGUUAGGGCAUAUCGAGGAGUUUUCGAGCAAAAACCGCCAAGGGGUGUUUUGGGUAUCCUCUUGUUCCUUGCCAAGCAACAGAUCAUAAACCUCUUGAAAAUCAAACAAAAUGAUAGUAUUGCCGCUGCCACUGAAGUCCUCACGGACGUCUCUCGCCGUUUGAUCAAGGAUAAAAGGGAAGAGAAGGCAAGAGACGCCAAAGAAAGCAUCGAUAGAUCUGCUCGGAGAGAUAUUCUUUCUGUUGCUCUCGAUUCUGGUAACUUUACAGACAACAUGUUGGAAAAUCAUCUUUUGACAUUUCUCGCUGCCGGACAUGAAACAACCGCUACAUCAAUGACAUGGGCAAUAUAUGCUUUAUGUUUGUACCCACAAGUGCAACAGAGACUCCGUGAAGAAGUGCGCGCAAACCUUCCAAUUGGAGCAACUAUUGGCACAAACGGGAUCUCCGUCACCGCUGAGUUGGUGGACAGUUUACCAUACCUUCACGCCGUUUGCAAUGAAGUCUUCCGUGUCUAUCCACCGGCUGGUCUAACCAGAAGGGUAGCUGCGAAGGAUACGUCAAUCCUCGGCCAACACAUUCCAAAAGGAACGGCGAUCGCGAUUUCAAUGCGUGCGGUCAACAUUUCGAAGGAGCUUUGGGGCGACGAUGCUUUUGUGUUUGAUCCUGAACGAUGGAUGAAACCAAGUCAGGCAAAUAGUGGUGGCGGGGUGACCAACUUUUCGUUCAUGACAUUUUUACAUGGACCACGUUCAUGUAUCGGACAAGGUUUUGCUCGUGGAGAGUUCGCAUGUCUCCUUGCUGCAAUCGUUGGAACAUUUGAAUUAGAGUUGGAGGAUAAAACAUCUGAGUUGGUGAUUGAGACAGGGCUCACUUCCCGACCCAAAGACGGGUUGAGAGUACGACUACGUCCGAUACUUGUGUAA